AUGCCUGAUCUCAACGUGGGAAUAUGCGGUGCCGGCAUGGGUGGCCUUGCAGCCGCCAUCGCCAUAUCCAAAGCCGGUGCUAAAGUGACUGUUCUCGAAGCCGCCCCUGAACUAGGCGAGAUCGGUGCAGGCAUUCAAAUGACUCCCAACGUUGCCCGGCUCUUGAUAAAAUGGGGAGUCGACAGAGUCAUCGGAGACAACCUGGUUGAAUUUGAGGAGUUGAAUAUGAGGAGGAGGGAUGGAACACCCAUCGGAUAUACGAAGACUGUUCCCCAUGUGCGGAAAAAUCUAGGAGUACCGUGGUGGCUCGUACAUCGAAUGCAUCUACACUCUGGCCUCGCAGAGGUCGCGCGAAGUGAGGGUGCCGAGCUCAUCAUCGAUGCUCGAGUCGACAAGGUUGACUGGACCAGUUCCAAGAAAGUCAGCGUCACCACGAUCAAGGGCGGCAAAUGGACAUUCGACCUCUUGAUCGGCGCCGACGGCGUGCGCUCGGCUGUCCGCAGAAAUGUUAUGCCCGACGUCAAGCCCGCUCCGCCUACUGGAAACUGCGCGUACCGCGCCAUCGUACCUUACGACCAGGUCCGCAAUGACCCCAUCGCCAAAGAACUCGUCGAGAAGUUGACGAUGGAAGUCUGGAUGUCCGAUAAGGCGUAUAUCAUCUCAUACCCCAUCUCGAAUGGCACGCAGUUCAACAUGGUUUUAAGCCAUCAUGUGUCAAAGCUGGUGGAUGACGUAGAGGAUAUCGAUAUGGAGAAGGACUUCAGGCAGACGUACAAGGAUUUUGAUCCAAGGAUAAAACGCAUCGUGGAUAUGACGUGGUCGACACCGGAGAAGAAUGUCGUGCUCAUAGGCGACGCCGCCCACUCGAUGGUCAACCACAUGGCCCAAGGCGCCGCGACCUCUAUGGAAGAUGGCGCAUUCCUGGCCCGCGCCCUUGCGAGAGUCGUGCAAGGCAAACUCACCCUUGCGCAGGCGAUCGAAGUGUACGAAAAGGGCCGCAUGCCGAAGGCUGUCUAUGGCUACGACGCCGAACAGGACGCCGAACUGACCAUCCAAGCUUACCUCGAUAAGCAGGAACCACACGAUCCAAAGACAGGGGUGACGGAUCGCGAGCUUGAGAGGUUCAUUGGCUGGUGGUGGCCGAAGGACAAGGUCGAGUUGAGGGCGUCGAAGUUAUGA